AUGCUCUUUUCUAGAGGGUCGAGUACUGCUGGGAAGUUCUUUGUUACAAAUGGUGUGGAAGCCAAAUAUAAUGACGCAAAAUCAACUUGCUCCAGUGCUGGAGGGCAACUGGCUUCACCACGGAAUGUAGAAAAAAACCAAGCGGUGUUAUCGAUAGUUUUGCUUUACAACAAGGCACCAUUCCUUGGUAUUAAUGAUAUACAAACAGAAGGCAGCUUUAGAUACCCAAGUGGUGAUUUAAUUAGUUACACUAACUGGAAUACUAGGGAACCUAACAACGAUAAUGGUGUGGAAGAUUGUGUUGAAAUGUUUACAAGUGGAAAAUGGAAUGAUAAGAAUUGUGAAGAAAGACGUCUGGUCAUAUGUGAAUUUUCCUAAUAGUUAUGUUGUAAAGUUGCAAUAAAGCAGGAAGUGACUGAUUAUUUUUAAAUAA